AUGUCGCUGAAACCUAGCGCCAGGACGGAGGCCCGACGGAACCACUACAAAGUUGUGGUGGAUGCGGAGGAGGGGCGACGAAGGAGAGAAGACAACAUGGUUGAGGUUCGUAAAAUCAAACGUGAGGAGAGUCUGAUGAAGAAGAGGCGUGAAGCUCUUGAUGAUUUCUCGGGAUUGGUCGACGACGAUAUGAAGUUGGAGAGUUUGCAAGAUAUGGUCGCUGGGGUUUGGUCGGAAAAUCCUGACUGGCAGCUUAAUUCAACUACUCAGAUCAGGAAGCUUCUAUCUAUCCGCAGAAGUCCUCCAAUCGAUAAAGUGAUAGGCUCUGGAGUCGUGCCUCGGUUAGUUGAGUUUCUUAAGAAAGAAGAUAACCAUACCAAAUUUUCUAUGCUUAGAGAAGUCACAUGGACCUUGUCAAACCUGUGUCGUGGUGGUGGCCAGGUGAAUCCCGAGGCGCUUCAAGCCCUUGGACGAUUAAUUCAUUCUACCGAUGAACAAGUCUUGACAGAUGCUUGUUGGGCUCUCUUUUACAUCUCUAAAGAGACCAAUGACAAAAUCCAGCCAGUCAUCGACGCCGGUGUUGUCCCAAGACUUGUUGAACUUCUCCUCCAUCCUUCUAUAUCAGUGCUAACUCCUGCGCUUCGCACGGUUGGAAAUAUAGUACGUGGAGAUGAUCUACAAACACAAUUUGUGAUCAAUAGUGGUGCUCUGCCUUGUCUUGCCAACCUUCUAACUCAAAACUAUAAGAAAAGCAUUAAAAAGCAAACUUGUUGGACGAUUUCAAACAUCACAGCGGGAACCAAAGAACAGAUCCAGGUUGUAUUAGAGGCUAAUUUGAUUGCCCCCUUGGUCAAGCUGCUUCAAUGUGCUGAAUUUGACAUUAAGAAAGAAGCUGCGUGGGCUAUUUCAAAUGCAGCUUCAGGUUCUCAUGAUCAGAUCAAAUACCUUGUAGAACAAGGAUGUAUAAAACCGUUAUGCGAUCUCCUAAGAUGUCUAGAUCCAGAAAUCCUAAUUCUCUGCCUUAAAACAUUGGAAAACAUUUUGAAAGUGGGAGAGGAAGAGAAGAAGUUGGGUAAUACAGGGGACAUGAACCAUUACGCUGAGCUGAUUGAUGAUGCAGGAGGGCUAGACAAGAUGGAGGACCUUCAGAACCAUCAUGACAACAGUGAGAUUUAUGACAAGGCUCUAAGAAUUAUGGAGACAUACUGGCUUGAAGAAGAUGAGGGAACACAACAAUCUCCUGAGGGAUUCAACUUCAACUGA